UGUGUGAGUUGGUUCCCAACUCGCAGUGUAUGUAUAUGCUAUGAUAUAACAGGGAUACAAAACAAAACAGUUUGCUAAAACAAUGAGUCAGUCAUUUGAGGUAUUUGUGACGCGUGAGGACAACUCGGAUGAAGACACGGUAAAUUCAGAUGAGAAAGGGAACAAUGUUGAAGCCAAAGCAGAAGAAGAUGGUGACCAGAAGGAGGAGAAGAGCACUGCUGAUGUACAGGAAGCAGUGCAGGAGGUGUGUGGGCAAGACGAAUACAUGUACACCAAGAGGGAGGACUUCACCUCAGAAUUGUUCAAACUGUCCAUAACAAAUCUUCCAAGAAAGUUCGGAUUUAAGGAGUUUAAGAAGAAGCUGUCCAAACUUGAUGUAACUCCGGUGAAACUGAAGAUCUGGAAGGAUGUCUGCUUUGUCACCUUCAGGAAUGAGGAGGAGAAAGGGAUAGCACUGGAGAAGAUUAAUGGCCUUCAGUGGAGGGGCAAUCAGCUCAUAGCUAUGGUUGCAAAGCCUGCUGCAGACCCUCUGGUGCAGAAACGUAAGCAGGAGUCGAUGCCAGACAGGGGUCAGGGAAAGAAGCCCCGGCUCACAGAGGAGGACAGCUUGUCUCCAUCAGAACGUUUGAAAAAUGCUGUGACCCCUCUGUGGAAGCUAGAAUACUCCGAACAGCUGAAGAAAAAGGAAGAGGAGAUGCGUCAGUUCCUGAAGCGUUACCAUCGACAACUGGAGAAAAACUGCCCUGACCUCAAGUCCUGGUUGCGGGAAUCAAGACAGAAACAUGGAGCCAUCCCCUGUGAACUGCAUAACAUCAAACCGUCUCCAGAGACGGAGGGGUACAGAAACAAGUGUGAGUUCACUAUUGGUCCGGGAGAGGGUGGGGAGAGACAGGCAGUGGUUGGCUUUCGCUACGGCACAUAUGCCCAGGGCACUGUCAGUGUGGGUUCACCUGAGGAGGUAGCCUUCCUCUCACAACACAUGAAGGAUCUACUUAAGGUGUUCCAGACAUACCUGGACAGUUCUGCUUAUGGGGCCUUCCAUCCUGAGACCCACAUAGGUCACUGGAGACAGUUGACCGUCCGCUCUAGCCGUCUCGGUCAUCUCAUGGUCCUGCUGGACUUCCACCCACAACAACUCACACAGGAGAAGUUACAGGAAGUUAGGAAGAGUAUUACAGAGUUCUUCAUGGAAGGAGGAGGAAAGGAUAGUGGGGUGUCAGCCUGCUACUUCAGGGCUCUCCUAGACAAGACUACUAGUUCUGAUGAGCCAUAUGACUUCUUGUUUGGGGACAAUUCCAUCACAGAAUCUCUGCUGGAUAUGAAGUUUCAAAUCUCCCCAAAUGCUUUCUUUCAAGUUAACACUGCUGGUGCGGAGGUGCUGUACCAGACAGUGUCAGACUGGUGUGAGGCGCGGUCCAACACCACUGUCCUCGACGUCUGCUGUGGGACUGGAACCAUUGGCCUCACCCUUGCUAAGACAGUCAAUAAAGUGAUUGGAGUUGAAAUGUGUUCAGAAGCCAUUGCAGAUGCAAAGAAGAAUGCUACACUGAAUGGAGUGGACAAUGUUGUGUACCACUGUGCGAAGGCGGAGGACGUAAUGAAGGAUAUUACAAAGUCUGUGUUUGGUAGUGAAGAUGUUGUGGCCAUUGUAGACCCUCCACGCAGCGGCCUCCAUACGAAUGUUGUUGUGGCCAUAAGGAACUGCAGGACCAUCAACAGGCUGGUCUACGUCUCCUGUAACGUAAACGGAGCUCUUAACAACCUCAUUGACUUAGUGCGGCCGAUGUCCAAGCGGUUGACUGGUGGCAGGUUCCUGCCUGUGAAGGCUGUGCCGGUCGAUCUCUUCCCUCACACGAAGCACUGCGAGCUCGUCAUCCUCUUCCACAGAGAGGCAGAAGAUGCUUGAACUGCAAUGUGCUGUUGUUUUCAUGACUUGAUGAAUAAAAUUACGAAAUAUUUAA